UGGCUGUCCACCUGUCAAUCAUGUGCUCCACUGGAGAAAAAAAAAAAAAAGACUGCGUCGGGUUUGUGAUUUGACACAAACCGAGUCGUGAUCAUCCGGUUGAGCCGUGGGUGGUUAGUUAGCCUCCCCUGUUUACCUUCUUUUUCUUUGGCGGACCUGCCAGCUUGUUGAGCGGCUGUGUGGACGACUGGUAACCUGCCGUUUUUGUGGUAACGCCUGUUGGUUUUUGGAAGGGGACGAGCUGUGUCUGUGAGAGAGAAACGCGGCACGGUUAGUGGGGGAUAUCCCCUCGCCUGUUUGGCUGAACGUCGUUUUUCCUGGCUAAGCUAGCAUAAGCAGCAGCAGCGUAAACGGGUGGGGGUGGAUUUCUACACUUCGGCCCUUGGAAAGCAAAUAUAAAUAACCCACUGAGGAGUAACGUUAUGCUGGGGAACAAUGACCAGCGAAGGGGACAGAUCUAAGGAAGAAGGGCUUCUCGAGUGGAGCGGACAUGUCAGUGGAUGAGCAGCGGUGAAGAGUGGUUCGGCUAAGCGGAGCUAGUCGGUUAGCUAAACGGAUCGAGGAAGUUGACUAGCCACUUUUGCUAACUGGGCUAAAAACGUCUGAGUUAGUAAUAUAGAUUAAGAUUUAAGUGGUGUCAACUUUUUUAAAGCUGGAGAUUUAGAAAGUCACGAACUAUUUGCGGAUUUUAAUCCCCAACAACAAGAAAAGGUAGCGCAUUGGUUUAACAGUUAGCUAGAAAGUCGAAGCUUGUUAUAAACAAAGGCUGCCAAGCUUCACCUGUCCACAGCGACCUUACACAUCCACGGGUCGUCGACCCCAUUGUUUGACAGACAGCGCUGCCAUUUUUUAAACUACUAUUAAACCGUGAAUUUAAGUCUCGGGGAUGGAUUUAAAGACCGCGGUGUUUAACGCAGCCAGAGAUGGUAAGCUCCGGCUGCUUCAGAAGCUGCUGGAGAACAAAGAUGGGCACGAGGUGACCAAGUUAAUGGGCGAGAAGACAAACGGGGCCACCCCGCUCCUGAUGGCUGCCCGGUACGGCCACUUGGACCUGGUGGAGUAUCUGCUGGAGUGCUGCAGUGCUCCUGUCGAGGUCGGUGGAUCGGUGAACUUUGACGGGGAGACUAUCGAGGGGGCGCCCCCUCUCUGGGCUGCCUCGGCAGCGGGACAUCUGAAGGUAGUCCAGUCCCUGCUGGGUCACGGAGCUUCUGUCAACAGCACAACGCUGACCAACUCAACGCCCCUGAGGGCGGCCUGCUUUGACGGCCACCUGGAUAUUGUGAAAUACCUGGUGGAGCACAAUGCUGACCUGGAAGUAGCCAACAGACACGGCCAUACUUGUCUCAUGAUUUCAUGCUACAAGGGGCACAAGGAGAUAGCGCAGUACCUGCUGGAGAAAGGGGCAGAUGUCAACAGGAAAAGCAUCAAAGGCAACACGGCGCUUCACGACUGUGCGGAGUCAGGCAGCCUGGAGAUCAUGCGGAUGUUACUGCAGUAUGGCGCAACCAUGGAGCAGGAUGGCUACGGCAUGACACCCUUACUUUCUGCCAGUGUUACAGGCCAUACUAAUAUUGUAGACUACCUGACUACGCAUCAGCAGACGAGGCACACAGAGCGCAUUGAUGCCCUGGAGCUCUUGGGAGCUACGUUUGUAGACAAAAAAAGAGAUCUGCUUGGAGCUUUAAAAUACUGGAAAAGAGCCAUGGAUCUGAGGUACAUGGACAGUAACAACAUCAUCCAGAAGCCGGAACCCAAGCAGCUGAUCAUGGCAUACGAUUAUGCUAGAGAGGUAACAAACGCAGAAGAGCUGGAUGGACUUAUUUCUGACCCAGAUGAGAUGCGCAUGCAGGCUCUGCUCAUCCGAGAGCGAAUCCUCGGUCCACAACACCCAGACACUUCCUACUACAUCCGUUACCGUGGUGCCGUCUAUGCUGACUCUGGAAACUUCGAACGCUGCAUAAAUCUGUGGAAGUACGCGCUGGACAUGCAACAAAGCAACCUGGACCCCCUCAGUCCCAUGACUUCCUCCAGCCUGCUGUCAUUCGCUGAGCUCUUCUCCUUCAUGCUGCAGGACAGGGCCAAGGGGCUCUUGGGGACAUCGGUGUCGUUUGAGGACUUGAUGGGGAUACUGUCCAAGAGUGUGAUGGAGAUUGAACGAGCCAUUAAACAAAGUGGACCAAUGCCUCCUGACCCUGCUCAGCUCAGCAAGGCCCUCUCAAUUAUUCUCCACCUCAUUUGUCUUUUAGAGAAGGUGCCAUGUACUGCAGAGCAGGACCAUUUCAAGAAGGAGACAAUCUAUAGAUUCCUGAAGCUCCACCCAUGUGGUAAGAAUGGCUUCAGCCCGCUGCACUUGGCAGUCGACCGCAACACUACCUGCGUGGGCCGUUAUCCCGUCUGCAAGUUCCCUUCCCUCACGGUUGCUUCAAUCCUACUUGAGUGUGGGGCAGAUGUCAACAGUCGAGAUGACGAUGACAACAGCCCCCUCCACAUAGCGGCAUCCAACGGUCACCCUGACAUCAUGAACCUGCUCAUUUCCUGCGGGACUCACUUCGACAGCACCAACGCCUUCCAGCAAACGGCCUGCGACCUCCUGGAUGAGAAGGAGCUGGCCAGGAAUGUCAUCCAGCCCAUUAACCACACCACUCUGCAGUGCCUAGCCGCCAGGGCUAUCAUCAAGCACGGCCUCGACUACCGGGGAAACAUCCCAGAGAAACUGGAGGCCUUCGUCUUGCUCCACAGAUAAUGAUUGUGAAGGAGUGGAGAAGAAUGGAUGGGUGCACGGGGAAAAGUGUGAAAAGGAGCAACAUAAUCUCAACGCCUCACCCACAGGGUGCUUGAAAAACAGAGACAAUUAUGUGGGUUAGGUUUGCAAAUUCAAACUACAUGGAGAGUAUGGACUUGUUGGAAGAAUUAAGUGCACACAAAAAGUCCUCAACUAACCAGGAUGGACUUAAAAUGAUUUGGAUUAACUGGCCCAAUUUUUUGGGGAUGCAUCAGGAGUGGAUUGCAACAUUGACACAAACAGCUGCAUCUCUGGAUGAACUGAGCAAAGGGGUUUAUGUAUUUUUGCUUGAGGUUUUUUUUUGUUUUGUUUUUUUUUUGCAUAUUCCUCGAUUUCUAUUUAUUAAAUGAAACUUGAGAGAUUUUUCUCCAUGCUGGCUGCAACCCAGUCUCAACAUUGCCUGCUCACGUCUUCUCAGUCUCAAGGCAUUUCUACAUAUACUGGGAGUUCAGGUUGUUAUUAUUAUUUUUUUAAAAUAUUUUUGGUUUGCCAACAGUCAUGGUCCCUUCCUCAGUCAUUAGAAUUUUUUUUUUUUUUUUUUUUUUUUUUUUUUU